GGGGCCACUUUGUCCGCAGUGGCCCUGACGGCGCUACUCCUGCUGGCCCUCCCCGGAGUCGCGCAAAUGCAGACCUUCUCUCUCCCUUUCCUGCGGCCGGAAUCGUGCGGCCAGAACCAGUUCUUCGACAUCUCCGCGCUGUCCUGUGUCCCCUGUGGAGCCCACCAGAGGCGGGACGCCCGAGGAACUUCAUGUGUGUGCUUACCAGGAUUUCAGAUGAUCUCUAAUAAUGGAGGAGCCACCAUUAACUGUAAAAAGUGCCCAGAAAACAUGAAAGGUGUUACUGAAGACGGUUGGAACUGUAUAUCUUGCCCUCAUGGUUUAACUGCAGAAGGAAAAUGCCAAUGCCCCACUGGCCAUAUUUUAGUGGAAAGAGAUAUUAAUGGAACAUUGUCGUCUCAAGCAACUUGUACACUUUGUGAUGGGAAUGAAAACUCUUUUACGAUAGCAAAUGCUCUGGGAAACAGGUGUGUUCGAUGCGAGCCAACGUUUGUUAAUAUCAGCCGGUCUUGUGCAUGUUCGCAACCUAACAUUUUAACAGGGGGAUUAUGUUUUAGCAGCACAGGGAGUUUUCCUCCACGCAUAAUUUCAACUGCACGUUAUGGAGAGCUUGGCAUGCCGUUAGCUUCAGACUGGUUUGCAAAGAACUUGCAGUCAUCAGCAGCUGCUUGUUGGGUGUAUGCCAACCUAACAUCUUGUCAAGCUCUAGGAAACAUGUGUGUGAUGAACAUGAAUUCUUACGAUGCUGCCACUUUUGAUGCUUGUCGACUGUUUCAGUUUGUCUUUGAAAACACUGCUGGAUUAAGGACUGUUCAUUCGGUUUCAUUUUGGAAACAGAAUCUGCCAUGGCUGUUCUAUGGAGACCAGCCAGGAUUAGCACCGCAAGUCCUCAGCACUACUCCACUUCCUACAAAUUUCAGUUUUAAAGGGCAAGACCAGAAUACAAAACUGAAUUUUGUUGCUAUGUCUUAUGAUGUGAGUGGAAAUUUUCUCAAGUGGCAAACUUUAGAAGGAGGUAUUUUACAGCUUUGUCCAGACACAGAUGUAAGAUUAAAUGCUGCUUAUUCUUUUGGAACAACCUACCAACAAAAUUGUGAGAUUCUUCUCUCUAAGCUCCUAACUGACUUUCCCACUCCAAUAUUUUAUGAUGUGUACCUUGCAUAUACUGAUGAAAACCAACAACAGUAUAUCUGGGCUGUGCCUGUAUUAAACCUCAAUCUUCAGCACAAUAAAUUGUUUGUGAACCAAGACAGUAGUUCUGGCAAGUGGCUCCUGACUCGGCGCAUGUUCUUGGUGGAUGCAGUGAGUGGACGAGAAAACGACUUAGGAGGUCAUCCACGAGUCGUUCGCGUUGCUACCCAAGUGUCAGUGAGCAUCCGCCUUGUUCCCAACACAAAAAGUGGAAACAUCUACCCCCCCUUAAUUACCAUUGCCUACAGUGACAUUGAUAUCAAAGACCCCAGCCUCCAGUCUGUGAAGAUUUCGUUCUCAGUCAACUAUGAAAUGAAUCAAGGAGGGGCACACGUCCAGACAGAUAUUGCUUUGGGUGUGUUGGGGGGCCUGGCUGUUCUCUUGUCUCUCUUGAAGACAGCAGGAUGGAAGAGGCGUAUUGGAAGCCCCAUGGUUGACUUACAGGCUCUGCAAUUUUUACACAAACUCAUAUCCCAGAUUACCAUAGACAUAUUCUUUAUUGACUGGGAGCGACCUAAAGGAAAGGUUUUGAAAGCUGUUGAAGGUGAGGGUGGUGUGCGGAGUGCUGCUGUUCCCGUAAGCAUAUGGAGAACAUAUUUUGUAGCAAAUGAAUGGAAUGAAAUUCAGACUGUGAGAAAAAUUAAUCCACUCCUUCAAGUACUUACUGUCGUCUUUUUCUUGGAGGUUGUAGGAUUCAAGAAUUUGGCAUUAAUGGACUCAUCCUCCAGCCUUACCAGAAGCCCAACUAGCUACAUAGCCCCUUGCAGCCGCAUAUUGAGAUACGCCGUGUCUGCUGCUCUUUGGCUAGCCAUUGGCAUUAUGCAGAUCAUGUUCUUUGCGGGUUUUUAUGAGAGAUUCAUAGAAGAUAAAAUUCGGCAAUUCGUUGAUUUAUGCUGUAUGAGCAAUAUAUCAGUAUUUGUUCUAUCCCACAAAUGUUUUGGUUACUAUAUCCAUGGUAGAUCAGUACAUGGGCAUGCAGAUACUAAUAUGGAAGAAAUGAAUAUGAAUCUUAAAAGAGAAGCGGAAAAUCUGUGUAGCCAGAGAGGUUUGGUACCCAACACAGAUGGUCAGACCUUUCAGAUUGCAAUUUCUAGCCAAAUGAGACAACACUAUGACAGAAUUCAUGAAUCACUAACCAGGAAAAAUGGCCCUGCUAGACUAUUGAGCUCAUCAGGAAGUACUUUUGAACAGAGUAUAAAGGCGUAUCAUGCAAUGAAUAAAUUUCUUGGCUCCUUCAUUGAUCAUGUUCAUAAGGAAAUGGAUUACUUCAUAAAAGAUAAGUUACUAUUUGAGAGAGUCCUUGGAAUGGAAUUCAUGGAACCCGUGGGAAAAAGCAUCUUUUACAACGAUGAAGCUUAUUCUUUCAGCAGCGUUCUCUACUAUGGGAAUGAAGCCACCCUCCUUAUCUUUGACCUACUUUUCUUCUGUGUUGUGGAUUUGGCUUGCCAAAAUUUUGUGUUAGCAGCCUUCCUUACAUACUUACAACAAGAGAUUUUUAGAUUUAUUCGUAACACUGUAGGACAGAGGAAUUUGGCAUCUAAAACCUUGGUGGAUCAAAGAUUUCUAAUAUAAUUUAUGAGAUAACGUUCAGACAAUAUAAUCCUAGCAAACAACAAAAUGUCGUGAUUAUUGGGUUAGUUUGCCAUAUUUUUUAAAACUUGUAAAUAGUUCUGGUUUAUUUUUAUAUCUGUAGAAAGAUUUAUUUUCAUAACUUGUAAAUACAUAAGUUGCUUUGGUACAUAUGUGAUAUAAUUGAACAUGUUAUUUUCCCAUUACUGUUAUUCACCAAAUAAUAAAUUAGAAAGCACUAACUAAAAAACAAGUCUGGCUUUCAACAAUGAACUUCAUAUUGAUAGCCCAAACAAUCCCCAGUUGUCUCUGUAGAUCAUUUUUAAACUGAAAUUUGCUUAUGUUUUGCAACACUGAUAAGAUGAUUAUACUCUUACGUUCUUCAAGAGUGAUUUUCACAGUAUUUUUCUGAUUUGUAUGACUUUUGCAUAAAUAAAUGUUGAACAUUGUUUUCAAGUA